GGUGAGCCCGUGUCCCGGCCAGCCGGGGUCAGCGAUAUGUUGCGCAGCUCCCUGCGGCGGCAUGGGCUCACCAGCGUGGAGGUUGGCCAGUUGGAUCAGACGUUGGAAGCGAGAAGCUGCAAGGCCCUUGCGGUGGCAGCAGCAACCUCUGAAGGCGCCAUGAGGCUGGCGCGGACCUGCGGCCUUCAAAGCAAAGUCUCUCAGGAGAACUUUGCCAAGGCCUGGCACGAGGCUGCUGCGGCCUCGGCUGCGCUGGAGCCAGGCCCAUCCAAGAGCCCCAAGCUCGGGGACCUGGUGAAGGACCAAGACUGGGAGGGCUGCACUCGGCUCUUGAUGCAGCGGGCGAAGGUGGGCCAGCCACAGGAGCUGCUGCCAUUGCUUCAAGGCCUGUUGCGGCACCUCGCGGAGCGGGACCGCGGCUCCGAAGCCGCGGCCGCGGCCAAACCCGUGCUCGCCCUGGCGUCGCUGUACGGGCCAGAGGCCCAGGCUGCUGCGGAGCGCAACACGGAGCUGGCCGAGGCGGAGUGGAGAUAUCGCUGGAUGGUGCGGCAGUUCUUCAACAGCAGGGUCGUCGAAUCCUUGCAGAAGGAGAUGCUGGCAGCCUACCAGGCGGACUCCUUCCAGGCGACCUGCGCGGAGUUGAACGGCAGCUUCGAAGGCAAAGUGCCUUUGGAGCAGAAGAUGCGGGCGAUGGAGGCCUGUUGCCAAGAGCACGUGCUGAAGUGGCUUCUGCCAAAGUACGGCCUGAAGGGCGACGCCUCGGGCUUGGCGGAGAUGAAGAACAUCAUAAGACAGCAUUCCCAAAGCGACGCAGAGGUCAAACGCAGGCAGAUGGAGAUUGCCACGAUGGUCUUCAAGCAGUUCAAUCUUUGAGUGCGCCAAGAGGAGAUCUGAU